GCCUCCAGUCAGGACGCUUUCGGCGGGUUCCGUUAAAAUGGCUGUUACUGAGAGUGGAAACCCAAAGCAAGAACAAUCGUAGUGGGUACAACUGCAUCCAGUAGUAUCGCUGGUGUUUGAUAAGGAAAAUAAAAGACUGCAACGCAAUGGCUGCCCUAGAUCAAAAGUCCCCCAACGUCCUCCUUCAAAGUCUCUGCUGCAGGAUCACUGGGAAGAGCGAAGCUGAAGUAGCCCACCAGUUCCAGUAUGCUGUGAGAGUCGUCGGGAGUAACUAUGCUCCCACCAUUGAGAGGGAUGAGUUCCUAGUGUCAGAGAAGAUCAAAAAAGAACUGCUGAAGCAGAGGAGAGAGGGUGACGCUGCCCUGUUCUCUGAGCUCCACAGAAAGCUGCAGACUCAGGGGGUGCUGAAACACAGGUGGUCCGUCUUAUACCUGCUGCUCAGUCUCUGUGAGGACCCCAGGAAACCAUCCAGGGUUGGCAGCUAUGGGGCGCUGUUUGCCCAGGCCCUCCCCCGGGACGCCCACUCCACCCCGUUCUACUGCACCCGGCCUGGGAGCCUGCCCCUCAGCUACCCCGAGCGCUCGGGGCCCGGGGGCGUCCAGAUCUCCACCAGCAUGGGCACCAGUGGCAUCAGCAGCCUGGGGGUGUACUCCCUCAACGGGCCCACACCCACCCCUCAGCCCCUGCUGGCCGGACACCCACCCCAGACAGCAGGGCAGCAGCUGGGCUCUCGGCUGGCGUGGGCCCUCCCGAACACCUCCGCCCUGGCACCUACCUCACGGGCCCCGCUCGGCCCCCCACCUCUGUCCACCCGGGCCCCCAGGCCACGCCAUGACGGGGACCUCACUGCGGAGGUUGGUGAGGCUGCGCUGGUCCGAGACAUCCUGUAUGUCUUCCAGGGGAUCGACGGCAAGUUCAUUAAGAUGAGCAACACAGACAACUGCUACAAGAUCGACUCCAAGGUCGUGCUCUGUAAGUCUCUAAGGGACACCAGUAACCGAUUGGCUGAGCUGGGCUGGCUCCACAACAAGAUCAGGAAGUACACUGACUCGCGCAGUCUGGACCGAGCCUUCGGCCUGGUGGGACAGAGCUUCUGUGCCUCCCUGCAUCAGGAACUGAAGGAAUACUACAGACUUCUGGCAGUGCUGCACUCACAGUUGCAGGUGGAGGAUGACCAGGGAGUGAACCUGGGAGUGGAGAGCAGUCUGACCCUCAGACGUCUCCUAGUCUGGACCUACGACCCUAAAGUCCGCCUCAAAACCCUGGCUGCCCUCGUUGACUUCUGCCAAGGGAGGAAGGGAGGUGAACUGGCGUCAGCGGUCCAUGCCUAUGGGAAGACAGGGGACCCUCAGAUGAGAGCUCUGGUGCAGCACAUCCUCAGCCUGGUGUCACAUCCCAUCCUCAACUUCCUCUACCGCUGGAUCUACGAUGGCGAGCUGGAGGACACUUACCAUGAGUUCUUUGUGGCGUCUGACCCCACGGUGAAGACAGACAGACUGUGGCACGACAAGUACUCACUGAGGAAGUCCAUGAUACCCACCUUCAUCACCAUGGACCAGGCCCGCAAGGUUCUGCUCAUUGGAAAGUCCAUUAACUUCCUGCAUCAGGUGUGCCAUGACAGAACCUCACCAGGGAAAAUCACCCCGGCCUCUAAGUCUACAGACUCUCCCAAAGAUGCUGCAGAGCUGUUAUCAGACCUGGAGGGGGCGUUCCAGGGGAAGAUAGAUGCAGCCUACUUUGAAACCAGCAAGUACCUGCUGAAUGUCCUCAACCAGAACUAUCUGCUGCUGGAGCACCUGCAGGCCAUGAGACGAUACCUGCUGCUGGGCCAGGGAGACUUCAUACGCCACCUCAUGGACCUGCUAAAACCAGAGCUGGCCCGCCCAGCCACCACUCUGUACCAACACAACCUGACAGGCAUCCUGGAGACAGCCGUGAGGGCCACCAACGCCCAGUAUGACAACGCUGAGAUCCUCAAAAGACUGGACGUACGCCUGCUGGAGGUGUCUCCCGGGGAUACGGGCUGGGACGUCUUCAGUUUAGACUACCACGUAGAGGGUCCUAUCGCCACGGUGUUCACACGGGAGUGCAUGAGCCACUACCUGCGCGUGUUCAACUUCCUGUGGCGAGCCAAGCGUAUGGAGUACAUCCUCACUGACAUCUGGAAGGGACAGAUGUGCAACGCCAAGCUGCUUAAGAGCAUGCCAGAGCUGUCUGGCGUGCUGCACCAGUGCCACAUCCUGGCCAAUGAGAUGGUCCACUUCAUCCACCAGAUGCAGUACUACAUCACCUUCGAGGUGCUAGAGUGUUGUUGGGAUGAGCUGUGGAACAAGGUAGAGAAGGCCCAGGAUCUAGACCACAUCAUCGCUGCCCACGAAGGAUUCUUAGACUCUGUGAUCUCCCGCUGCCUACUGGACACUAACAGCAGGUCCUUGUUGAACCAGCUGAGGGCAAUCUUUGACCAGAUCAUAGAGUUCCAGAGUGCCCAAGACUCUCUGUACCGCUCUGCCCUGGAGGAACUCACCCUGCGGCUGCAGUACGAGGAGCGGAAGAAGCAGAGGGAUUCUGAGGGUGAGUGGGGCGUGACGGCUGAACAGGAGGCAGAGGAGAAGAGGAGGAUCCAAGAGUUCCAGGAGACCAUACCAAAAAUGCGCUCUCAGCUGCGGAUACUAACACACUUCUACCAGGGCAUAGUGCAGCAGUUCCUGGUACUGAUAAUGACUAGUCCAGACGAGAGCCUGCGCUUCCUCAGCUUCAGACUGGACUUCAACGAGCACUACCGGGCCAGAGACCCCCGUCUGAGGGCCUCACUGGGGGCCACCAGGGGCCGGCGGCCCUCCAACAUCUGACCUGACGCACACCACCAUGUCACAACAUAGGGACAGAGAGCCACACAGAAUCUGCCUUGGUAGUAUUUAUAUAUGACAUGAAGAUGACAUCAAAGUAGGGCUAGAUGGAAUCUGUUGUGAUGACAUCACAAUAGAACCAGACAGAACAUUGACGUCACAAAAGAGCCAGACAGAAUCUGUUGUGAUGACAUCAUAAUAGAGCCAGGUGGAGAGAAUGCCGCAUUCAAAACAACUAGGAACUCUGAAAUCUCCGACUUCAAUGCGUUCAAAACAACUGGGAACUUGGUAAAAAACAAGCUCCAACUGGGAAAAAUC